GGAUGGCAGCAGCUCCUUCAUUAGGACGGUUCUGAAGCCUUGCAGUGAGACCUAUUCUGUAACACAGCUUAGAGCCUGUUUCUGCAAGUGCUGAAUGCUGGCCCCACUGAAUACACAAAACACAACUUGCUGACAAAGCGGAGUUUAUUGCUUGGUGCAAUGAGAGAAAACACUCCUCAACAGAACUUUAAUAGCAUCUCAGAGGGAGAUGGACCAAGAUGAGAUAUUUACUGAGAUUUUCAAGUCUGGGUGAAGAGUUGUAGAGGUGCAAGCUCUUCAUUUACAAAGCCGAGGCCCAUGCCUCAGGAACCAGCAAAAGACCAGGAGCUAAUGGAAUCCAAGAAGAGGCCAGUCCACCUAGUGACCAUUGGGCUCUCGAUCUCUUCACCAAACUUUGUGUUUCCAUUUCAGCCAUCUCGUGCGACCAGGCAAGUCAUGUAAACGGGCGGUCAGAAGCAAGUCAGCAGGAAGUGCGCUGCGGUGGACAAGCUUCUCCUGAGGGCUUGCCGGUGCGGGUCUCCCCAUGCACUGUACCAACCAGACAGAACGCGGCUACAGCUGAAUUUGACUCCAGAUAGACUAUCUCUCGGGGGCCUUACAGCGCAUAGUCACAACGUUUAGAGUUUGUUGACCAUUGGGGAUCAACAUGUCCACUGCCUGCUGGGAACUAGCCAGAAUCAGGAGGAGAUGGAAGAGACCCGAUAGAAGUUGAUCUCAGCAGUCCUGUUACUUCAACUGAGGAUGACUGGCAAAUUGCUGAGCUUCCCAAGGACAAGCUGAGGACACCAGGCCAAUGAGGAACCGAGAUUUUUCCUGAAGGUAUUAAACGAGAGCACUUACAAGUAUAACGAGCCCCAUGACCAACAACUAGGAAUAUGGUGAUCUAGAUGUCACAAUCAAGGUGAAGGUACCAUCGACGAAAACUGUCACUGAAUAAAAUCCAGGUACAUUCUGCAGCUGAUAUUCACUGAUGGACCCCAAGGAAUCAUUAAGCCCCCCCAGUAGAGAAGAAAUCCCCAGCAGUGUGCUUAGUCGAGAGAGGGGAAAUGUGAUGGACUUCUAUAAAACCCUAAGGGGAGGAGCUACUGUGAAGGUUUCUGCAUCUUCACCCUCACUGGCUGCUGCUUCUCAGGCUGACUCCAAGCAGCAAAGACUUUUGGUUGAUUUUCCAAAAGGCUCCGGAAGCAAUGCGCAGCAGCCAGAUCUGUCCAAGGCAGUUUCACUCUCAAUGGGACUGUAUAUGGGAGAGACAGAGACAAAAGUAAUGGGAAGUGACCUGGGAUUCCCACAGCAGGGCCAAAUGAGCCUUUCCUCUGGGGAAACAGACUUUCGGCUUCUGGAAGAAAGCAUCGCAAACCUCAAUAGGUCGACCAGUGUUCCAGAGAACCCCAAGAAUUCAGCAUCAGCUGCUGCCUCUGCUGCCCCCACAGAGAAGGAGUUUCCAAAAACUCACUCUGAUGUAUCUUCAGAACAGCACAAUUUGAAGGGCCAGACUGGCACUAAUGGGGGUAACGUGAAGUUGUACACCACAGACCAAAGCACCUUUGACAUAUGGAGGAAAAAACUCCAGGAUUUGGAGUUUUCUUCUGGGUCCCCAGGUAAAGAGACAAGUGAGAGCCCUUGGAGCUCAGACCUCUUGAUAGAUGAAAACUGUUUGCUUUCUCCUUUGGCAGGAGAGGAUGAUCCAUUCCUUCUGGAAGGAAACUCAAAAGAGGACUGUAAGCCUCUUGUCUUACCGGACACUAAACCUAAAAUUAAGGAUAAUGGAGAUCGGAUCUUAUCAAGCCCUAACAGUGUGCCACUGCCCCAAGUGAAAACAGAAAAAGAAGAUUUUAUUGAACUCUGCACCCCUGGAGUAAUUAAGCAGGAGAAACUGGGCCCAGUUUAUUGUCAGGCCAGCUUUUCUGGAGCAAAUAUAAUUGGUAAUAAAAUGUCUGCCAUUUCUGUUCAUGGUGUGAGUACCUCUGGGGGACAGAUGUACCACUAUGACAUGAAUACAGCAUCCCUUUCUCAACAGCAGGAUCAGAAACCUAUUUUUAAUGUCAUUCCACCAAUUCCUGUUGGUUCAGAAAAUUGGAAUAGAUGCCAGGGAUCUGGAGAUGAUAACUUGACUUCCUUAGGGACUUUGAACUUCUCCGGUCGAUCGGUUUUUUCUAAUGGCUAUUCAAGCCCUGGAAUGAGACCAGAUGUAAGCUCUCCUCCAUCCAGCUCCUCAGCAGCAACGGGACCACCUCCCAAACUCUGCCUAGUGUGCUCUGAUGAAGCUUCGGGAUGUCAUUAUGGGGUCUUAACUUGUGGAAGCUGUAAAGUAUUCUUCAAAAGAGCAGUGGAAGGUAGACAGCACAAUUAUCUUUGUGCUGGAAGAAAUGAUUGCAUCAUUGAUAAAAUUCGAAGAAAAAACUGCCCAGCAUGCCGCUACAGAAAAUGUCUUCAAGCAGGAAUGAACCUGGAAGCUCGUAAAACAAAGAAAAAGAUAAAAGGAAUUCAGCAGGCCACUACAGGAGUCUCACAAGAAACUUCUGAAAAUUCUGCUAACAAAACAAUAGUCCCUGCAACGUUACCACAACUCACCCCUACCCUGGUGUCACUGCUGGAGGUCAUUGAGCCGGAGGUGAUAUAUGCGGGCUAUGACAGCUCCAUUCCAGAUACAACUUGGCGGAUCAUGACUACACUCAACAUGUUAGGUGGGCGGCAGGUGAUCGCAGCCGUGAAAUGGGCAAAGGCGAUACCAGGAUUCAGGAACUUACAUCUGGAUGACCAAAUGACCCUACUGCAAUAUUCAUGGAUGUUCCUCAUGUCAUUCGCCCUGGGGUGGAGAUCAUACAGACAAUCAAGUUCCAACUUGCUGUGUUUUGCUCCUGAUCUGAUUAUUAAUGAGCAGAGAAUGGCUUUACCCUGCAUGUAUGACCAAUGUAAACAUAUGCUAUAUGUUUCCUCUGAGUUAAACAGACUUCAGGUAUCUUAUGAAGAGUAUCUCUGUAUGAAAACCUUACUGCUUCUCUCUUCAGUUCCUAAGGAAGGUUUGAAGAGUCAAGAGCUAUUUGAUGAAAUUAGAAUGACCUACAUCAAAGAGCUAGGAAAAGCCAUUGUCAAGAGGGAAGGAAACUCCAGUCAGAACUGGCAGCGGUUUUACCAACUGACAAAACUCUUGGACUCCAUGCAUGAUGUGGUUGAAAAUCUCCUUAACUAUUGCUUCCAAACAUUUUUGGAUAAGACCAUGAGUAUUGAAUUCCCAGAGAUGUUAGCUGAAAUCAUCACCAAUCAGAUACCAAAAUAUUCAAGUGGAAAUAUCAAAAAACUUCUGUUUCAUCAAAAGUGACUGCCUUAAUAAGAAAGGUUGCCUUAAAGAAAGUUGAAUUUAUAGCUUUUAUUGUACACACUGUCAAUCUGUCCUGUAGCAGUUUUUUCUUUUUUUGUUUUUGUCUGGUUUUGGUUUUUGUUUUGUUUUAAAUACGCACUACAUGUGGUUUAUAGAGGGCCAAGACUUGGCAACAGAAGCAGUUGAGCCAUCACUUCUCAGUGAUGGGAAAAGUAGAAAGUGAUAGUUGGUGGAUCCCAGAAAUUAGAAACAAUAACAUGGGGGUAAGCUCCACUUUCAGAGAAGGGUGGCACCUAAACCACCAGUGCCUGAAGUCUGCGUGAUGAACUUUCUGCUCAUACUUUUCACAGUUGGCUGGACAAAAUUUUCUAGACUUUUUGUUGGUGUACUUUCCCCUGUAUAGUUAGGAUAGCACUUUUUGAUUUAUGCAUGGAAACCUGAAAAAAGUUUACAAGUGUAUAUCAGAAAAGGGAAGUUGUGCCUUUUAUAGCUAUUACUGUCUGGUUUUAACAAUUUCCUUUAUAUUCAGUGAACUAUGCUUGCUCAUUUUUUCUUACAUAAUUUUUGUAUUCAAGUUAUUGUACAGCUGUUUAAGAUGGGCAGCUAGUUCAUAGCUUUCCUAAAUAAACUCUAAACAUUAAUCUUCUGUGUGAAAAUGGGUUGGUGCUUCUAACCUGAUGGCACUUAGCUAUCAGAAGACCACAAAAAUUGACUCAAAUCUCCAGUUUUCUUGUCAAAAAAGCUCAUAUUUUGUACAUAUCUGCUUCAGUGGAGAAUUAUAUAGAUUGUGCAAAUUAACCGUCCUAACUGGUGUAGAGCACCUAGUCCAGUGACCUGCUGGGUAAACCAUGGAUUACAAAAGACUAAUUUAAAAAAAUCUAAAAAUAAAAAAAAUAAAACUACCAAGAGGCCCUGUUUGUACCUAACACCCUAUCUCUGCAGCGGUUAGAUGGCAAGAAAGUUGGUAAACUGUCUUUCAGGACCUUUUGUUGUAGUUCGUAUAACUUCUUAAAAGUUAUGAUUCCAGAUAACCUGCUGAAACACAGCUGAGAAGAUUUUAAUCUGUCCAAGUAAUUCCUCCCACUAAACUUUACGCCCCCCCGCCCCAAAAUCUGUAAUAUGGCAAAAGUGGCUAGACACCCAUUUUCACAUUCCCAUUUGUCACCAAUUGGUCUUUCUUUCCUGGGGGUACAGGAAAGCUCAGCUACUGAUUUUUCUGAUUUAGGACUAUAUGUCAGACUUCCGUGUUCGUAAAACUAUACAUCCCUUAAAUCCUUAUGUGUGCCAUGGAGUUCAACAAAAGUCAUGUGAAUUUCUCCUCCUCACUGUUGAGAAUAAUUAUCAUUUUAAACAAGAUAGAAGCUGUAGUAGCCCUUUCUGUGUGCACCUUACCAACUUUCUGUAAACUCAAAACUUGUAUUUACUAAGCCACAAGAAAUUUGAUUUCUAUUCAAGGUGGCCAAAUUAUUUGUGUAAUAGAAAACUGAAAAUCUAAUAUUAAAAAUAUGAAACUUCUAAUAUAUUUUUAUAUUUAGUUAUAGUUUCAGAUAUAUAUCAUAUUGGUAUUCACUAAUCUGGGAAGGGAAGGGCUACUGCAGCUUUACAUGCAAUUUAUUAAAAUGAUUGUAAAAUAAAUAGCUUGUAUAGUGUAAAAUAAGGAUGAUUUUUAGAUGAGAUUGUUUUAUCAUGACAUGUUAUAUAUUUUUUGUAGGGGUCAAAGAAAUGUUGACGGAUAAACCUCUAUGAUUUAUAAUGUGUGCGAGCAUUCAUACAGGCAGCAGUGGGCUCAGAAACCAAACAGGUCUGCUCUAGAGGAAGAGGGAAAUGGAGACUGGCCCUGUGUGCUGUGAAGGUUCGUGAGGCUCCGUCCCAUUGAGGUCAGAGAGGAAGUAACCCUCUGCCUCCCAGAAUGGCCACCCUUCUCAUUCCAACAGUGAGUCUGUCCGCGCAGGUUUAGUUUACUGAACCUCCCCUUGCGCUAAAGUGUGUAAUCAGGGGACAGAAAGGCGGUGCUUACACACCUACAGGCACCAUCACGUACAGCCUCUCCAACAGUUUAAUAAAAACAGAGGCUUUAGAAGUUUGGCAAUAAUACGCAUAGAGGUACCAGCAAUAUGUAAAUAGUGCAGAAUCUCAUAGGUUGCCAAUAAUACACUAAUUCCUUUCUUUCCUUACAAGAGUUCAUUUCCAAAUGAGGACAUGUUUAUGUUUUCUUUGAAUGCUUUUUGAAUGUUCUUAUUUUUCGGUAUUUUAGAGAAAUUAUUUAAUAAAAAAUGUAAUCAUUUGCUUUUUGAAUGCUCUCUAAAAGGGGCUAUUCCUUUGUAAUUGUUUAAAUUGAUCUCAAAGUAUUUUAAAAUGGUUUGUAACCCAGCUGGAUGUGAAAUUUUUGGUGCCUAAGAAAUACCGCUUGAAUAUUAUCAUCAGCGACAGUGUUACGUUUCAGAAAGAGCUUCUGAAAGAUAAAUUAUUAUUCAUUUAUAGAACGCUGCAGAAAGCACAUCACACGGGAAUCUGGACUUUAGCCCCAACGACCUUGGCUCCCCCAAAAUAGAGCUCAGUGAAUAAAAGAUAUGUGCACUUUGUGGUUAAAAGGAAAUGGACUGACACUCAAAACUAUAGGAGGCUGUACAUUAAAUGGAAAAAGAAGCUGUGACAAUUUAGGAUAUGUGGGAAAGAAGAAAUUUACCUGAAUUAUGUGUGAGUAUAAUUAUGGAUUUAAGUGAAGAAAGCUAUGGUGCUAUUUGAAAGCAGCUUCAUCUUCUAUGUAUGUGGUAUCUUGCCAUCCCAAGCUGUUGACGUUUGUAGUAAUUUCAGCGAGAGGUGACGUGCCUAGGUGACUCACAACAAAUCUUGAAAAGUAUUUUUAAUUACUGGUGGAAAAAAGUGACCCUCUGUAUUUUUAGGCCUUGCUAUGGGAUACUAUACAAGUGCUUUGGGAUAUGUAUACCCAACUGUCUAAAACUAUGAGGGAACCCUAAAAGAGCACCUUCCUUCUGGAAAAAAAAAAAAAGACACCCCAAAAGGAAAA